AUGGCGCAAGCUGUUGGCAUGCUGAUAGGGAUCUUCACAUCGCGUGGAGACACACAAGUAGCCUGCGAGGAGGCAAGAGAUGGCAAUGACAAUGGCGAGAAGUCUCAAGGUAGCGAUGAGAAGGACCGAUCCAAUGAAAAGAACAAGGAGAAGGACCGAGGCUGCAACGAAAAGAACAAGGAAAAACACCGAGAAGUGUGGAAUUUGGCGGCGAGUGCACGUGGCUGGUCACCAGAGGAUUCCAUCAGCGGUGAGGAUCCAAGUGAUGCGUGGCGAUUGGCCGCAUCUGCUCGCGGGUGGGCACCGGGCGAGGAAGAGGAGGAAUCUUGGGCUGCACCGGCCAGUAGUGAGGGAAGCUCCGAGAUAAGUCAAGCUCGUUCAACGAUUAGCAUGCUGCUCAACAUCUUUUCUUCCACACCUUCAGAGCCUAGCGCUGAAGAUGAUGAGCAGCUGCCACCCUCGCCAGAGUUGGAUCAGUUGCGGCAAGCUGUGCUGCGAGCGGAGGCGGCUGGUGCAAGCUCUGAGCUGCUUGAACACGUACGGGCAAAGUUGGAGGAGCUGGAACGAGAGUUAGCACGAGACGUCAAAGUUCACAUUGUGAACGGCAUGAGUGGAGAGUUGGCCGCCGUGGUGCGGGCCCGACCAUGUGACACUGCCUUUCGCCUGAAGGAAGCGAUCCUGUCUGAAGGAGUUGUCAAUUCCGAAGAGGAUGGCUUGUGUUCCAUCAACUUCCUGUGCUGCAACGAGCUCAUGGAUGAAUCCAUGACCCUGUCAGAGGUAGGAAUCAGAGAUGGUGACCAAGUGCAACUAGUUCGCUCCCCACUGCGAUGCUUGACAGCGUCACUAGAUGGAACAGUCCGGCUUUGGCAUCUCAAUACGAAGGCCACUGACGACAUCAAUCCCUUCAUCAGCUUCCGCGAGGAGGAGGCUUUGGACAGCCUUGGGCCAGUACUUUCCGCAUCUCUGGCGCCUGACGGCCGGUCAUUACUGACAGUUGCUGCCGGUGGUGAGGGCCAGAUUUGGUGUGCCGAGACUGGCCGAGCUGUUGCAGAGCUUGAGGGCGCGGCUGCAACUGGUCAAUUCUGCCCAGCCGGGCACCGCGUGGUGGGCUCGUCAAGCGAUGAAGCUGCGCGGAUUUGGUGUGCGAACACUGGAAAGUGCCUUCACACUUUGCAAGGCCAUGCAGGUGAAGUUCGGGCUGCUCGCUUCUCCCCAGAUGGCAGCAUGGUACUCACAGGAGCGGGAGAUGGCACUGCUGCUUUCUGGUCUGCUCGGAGUGGCGAGCGUCUGACGACGCUGGAAGGGCACACCGACGUGGUGAAGAGUGUGGAUUUUUCUGCUUGUGGGCAGAUGGCUGCCACGGCCUCUGCAGAUGGCACUGCGCGAGUGUGGGCAUGUCUCCUGCUUCAGGACCUAAUGGUCUUCCUUUGCAUCGUGGAUUGCCAUCAACAAGUCCAGUGCUCCCAGGACUUGGAGUCCCUGUACGGACACUACUUGACGAUUCUGAAGGCGAAGGGAAAGGAGAAUUCGGAGGAGCUUGACUUAGACUCUGUGCCGAAUCUUGACUUCAAACCAUAUGCGUGCUUCAAAGAGACUGUGAAGGACAAGAAAGGAUCUCAAAGACGGACGGUCUCAAUGGAACGAGCAAUGGAUGUGCUCGGGCAAACAUCAGCAGAGAGGAAAGAAGGAAGGAGGAAUUGCUUCCAACGACAUAGAGAUGCUCUUCAUCCGGGAGGGCAUUUUCGAACAGGAUGGAAUUUGGCAGUGGCUUUCUGCGUUCUUCAUGACCUGAUCUUCGUUCCACUUGAAGCUUUUGAGCUACCUCCAUCAGUUCCACUGAGAGUCAUGGAGUGGGCAACGCAGCUCUUUUGGAAUUUCGACUUCCUCGUGUCUUGUCGUACUGGAUACUACAAACACGGAGCGCUAGUGUUGGACCCAUGGGAAUCCUUUAAGCAGUACGCAAGGACAUGGAUGCCUUUCGAUGUUCUUCUGAUUUGUUUGGAUUGGGCGAUUGUUUGGGUCAGUGCCGCUGAUGCGGGGCUUGCACAGUGGUCGCGGACGCUGACGAUGCUGCGCUUCUUAAGACUGGCGCGGAUGCUUCGUUGGGUGAAGCUUCAACGGGUCAACGAGGUUUUUCAAGAGCUUUUGCAUUCUCAGGCUGCAAGCCUGUACUACUCCCUGUUUGGCAGUAUUGCACGACUCUUAGUCCUGAACCACCUGGUGAGCUGCGCGUGGUAUGGUGUUGGACGCCUUGGGGGGGCGGAUGGAUGGUUGCAACAACGAGCUGACUCUGGAAUUUGGCAGAGUUAUUUAGAAUGUUUGAACUGGGCUUUUGCUCAACUUAGUGUGGGUUCUAGUGACAUCCUUCCUGCCAACACUUUGGAGUUGGCGUUUUGCUGCAUCAUUGCGUUCAGAUCGCUGAUUACAUAUUCCACCUUGAUUAGUACAAUGACUUCCCUUAUGUCCGGCCUCAGCAGAAUCAAAGAGGACGAGGCCACCGAAUUCCGAUUGCUGCGCAACUAUUUGGUACACAAUGACAUUCCAAAGGGCUUGCAGCAGAAAAUUGUACGAUUUUUGCAAAACCAGUAUGCUUUGAGGAAGCAGGCCAAGUCUGUUGGAUCACGAGUGCCUUUGUUAGAGCUCCUGUCACAGCAACUGACGGGGGAGCUCCACAUUGAAAGAUAUCGCCAAGACCUUUGCAAAGUUUCUUUCUUGCGAAACCUUCUGCAAAAAGAUGACUUCCAAGUGAUUCAAGUUCUGCAGAAGGUUGCCUUGACAGCUGUCAGCGAUGUCAUGGUUGCCGCCCAUGACGUUGUGUUUCUGGGUGGAAGCAUUGCAGCUGCCGCGUACCUAAAGGUCAGUGGUGCAUUGACCUACUACCAUGCUUCAAUGAAAGAUUCUAUUGACCGGACAACAUGGCUGGCAGAGGCCUGCCUGUGGACAAAUUGGAUUUACAUGGGAGAUCUAGUUGCAGAAGACGUCUCACAUUUGACAGUGAUAGAUUCCAAUAGUUUCUGCGAAUUGAUAUGUGAUUCUAUCAGCACUCAACGUGCCGCUGCAGAGCAUGCCAGACAUUUCUUGAAAGUUUUGCAGAGGCAAGAAACGCUAUCAGACAUUUUUAGAGAAGAAGGAUGCGUUGCUCGACGCCCAUCUCGCCUUUCGAGCACAAACGCGCUGAAAGUACAGCGCUGGUGCUGUUUUUCUUCCCGUCGUGUGGAACCUGCGGAGUUCAACUCGAUCAGCGGAACAUCUGCCCCGGCUGGUUCAUAA